AUGGCCGCCACCAAUCCAGGUGCUCAGAUCUUUCCACAAGAGUUCAUCGACAAGAUCGCAGAUAACAACACGCCUACUGAGGUCCAUCUCGCUCGCACCGAUACUUUCUCGGGAGGCUUUCGUCUGGCGGCACUCGAGCUCGAGUCUUUCCCGGUUCGCGACUUCUUGACGAUGCUGCUGGUCAAGAAAGCGUCACACGACCGCGCAGUCAGCGGAAUCGACACACUUCACAUCUGGAUCGGCGACUCCGAUGAAGAUGCGGACAUCCUGCAGAACACUGUUCCAGAGGCGAUGCUCGAUCGCCUUCAGCGCAUCCAAAUCCACAAACUGCGCAUGCACGUCCUCAAGCCGGAAGCCCGCCACACGAUCGCUGGCUGUGAUGUGUUGUCGAAGGUCAACGACGGCGUGACAAGGCAUUUGAGCAGCAUCACGUCUCAUCUCAAGCGUGCCUCGCCAGCCUCCGAGAUCUUCGAGUACGAGUCCGCAAGCUAUGAGGCCCAUAGCGGAAUGUCCGUGUCGACGGACAUGGCUUACAAGCGCAUCCACGACGCGAUCACGGUCGGAGCAAAAGCGUGGUCAAAUCGCUUUGUCAAUGCCCUGCAGACACACUUCAUCCAUGACCAGCACCAUCAGGGUAAGAAAGUCAAGGGCGGUACUGUGCAAGAAUUGCUCUCAUUCGACUUUUCCUCUCAGCGUCCGAAGAGGAACGGUGAACCUCUCAGUGCCCGGCGUUUGCGAAAUCAGCUAUCCCCCGUUCAAAAACAUGAUGAGCGAUCUCAUAGCUCUCCGAAAGGUGCAAGACGAGGGCUGGGUCUCCGAUGGCUUCUUCUAGCCGCCGUGGAACAGCCGACCAUAGCCAAACGGUCGAAUUGGUGCGAAGAGGGCUGUGCGAUAAACCCCGUUCGCUCAGGACGCUGCGGUCGGAGACGCAAAGUUGCACGGAUGGAGUGA